AUGGCCCUCAAAGUCGACGGCCAGGUCGCUGUCGAGCCCCUCGUGGCCAGACUGGAUAAGGCGGAACUACAGUGGCCGUCGUCGCCAGACUCGCCUUCACCACAUCACAGCCCCAUCGCCGCCGACUCUUCCGCCGCCUCCUCCUCCUCCCACUCACCGUCGUUCCCCGCAAUCAGCACGCUGCCCGAUGCCGUGCCCGCGUCGAGGCCCUCAGAGGUCGUCGUCGUCGAGGCGAACGGCGGAGGCAAGGGCGCGAAAUCGAAGCCCGCCUCGAGCGUCACCGCAGCCAAACCCGCGUCAGGCCCGGCCGGCGCUAAACCAAAGUCCUCCAAGGCCCGCUCACCGUCUCCCGCCCCGCCUCCCCCGCCCCAGCCGCCGCUGCGCACCGUUCGCCUCGACAUCCCCCUCGGUGGUCCCGAAGACUAUGAGGUCGACAUCGCAGCCCUCAGCAAGACCACUGGUCAGCGGUCACCCACACCGCCUGCUCCCGCGAAGCACGACACAAGCGACGAGAGUAACAGCGAGGGCGACGACGAGGGCGACGGCAACAAACUCAAGAAGAAGCGGAGAAAGAAGAACCGUGCCUCCGAGUACUACGACACGGCCGACCCCUUCAUUGACGACUCUGAGCUCGCGCAAGACGAGCGGACCUUCUUCGCGCAGACGAAGCAGAAGGGAUUCUAUGUGUCGAGUGGACAGGUUGCGUUAAUGAAUACAGCUCCCCCAGUAUCGAAGAAACCAAAGUCAAAGAAGGUUGUCCUUGCGCCUUCUGCGUCCGUCGCCGCGGCGCUCUCCUCCGCUCCUAUCCCUGCUUCCCUCGCGGCAACCCUGUCACAACCUCUUGUGCCAAGUGCACCUAAGCCGCCACCGUCCCCGAAGAAGGUGAAGAUAGAGAAUGGGACACGGGAUGUGCCCAUCACAUUACCAUCCGACCACGAGGAAGCUGCUCCAAAGCCCGUGAAGAGGAAAGCGGAGGAGCCGCGUGCGGAAAGCAUCCAGUCGGGCUCACAGGAGAGCGCAAAGAAGAGGCGGAAAACCCGCGAGAUCCAACCAUUCCAUCCGGACCUCGACGAGAUGUUUGAGGAGUUGAAAGUCGCGAUUGCGAAAGAGAACUGGGAAGUCAAGGGCAAGUUCCCACCCGGCCUCAAACCAAUGUUGGCGAAGAUCGCACUCAAGGCAAUCCUACUCGGCGAGUACGACGACAACUUCUUCAACAUUAUGCCGACGCUCUUCCCGUAUAACAAGUUCACUAUGACGAAAUUGAUCAAACGGACGGUGUGGCGGGAUCACACGACGCUGCUCGUCGAGCGACAAGAGGCUCUGCUUAAGGAGCUCAAGGUGCUCGCCGACCAGGGCUUCCCGAAGGCGCAGGAAGAGUGGGAGAAGAGCGUCGCGGCGUGGGAGCGGCGGCACGAGCGCACGAAAGACUCAGCCACUGAGGCCGGCUCAACCGUGCAUUCGGUUGAAGGCACGCCCGCACCGGGCGGGUCAGACACGACGACGACGCCUCGCCUUACGUCGCGGCCGUCGAUCGAAGAUGGCAAUGACACGGGCAUGGAACAUCAGGACGAUGAGACCGCAGCGCAGAGCGGCGCAGCGAAGCGGGACGCGCAUCCGCCCGGCAAGAAGUAUCGUUUGACGGACACAAUGAAGGCGAUCAUUUGGCAGCUCGUGUGUUUGAGCAAUGAAGUCGUGAGGUUGGAGAACGAGAAGAAGUGGGUGUUCCGUCUGUGUCAUGUAGUGAGCGACCAGGGCGUGAGGAAGACAUUAUACCAGAAGAUCGUCAACGCCUUCCCUGAGGGCUGGCUAUCGUCUGGGCAGAUAUCUCGCGAAGUGAGCGUCAUGAAGAAGAAAUACGAGAAGGAUGCCCAGGAGAACGAGGCAUGA